AUGGACGAUCUUUGCUUCCGAACUAAGGCGAUUGUGCAAAAGGUACCUCAGGACUUAUCAGAAUUGGAACGCUUGGUUCUUUCAUUGCGCUCCAACGAGUCUGACAAGACCAUCAUUAACCGAAAGGAAUACCAGAUUGCUCAGAACCUGGACCUUGCAAUUUCCAACUGCCAGCGACUUCACGUUCUUUCAAAAAACGAACCUUCUUUUAAACGUAAACAGAUUGAACUGGUUAUAAGUCAGAUCCAAUCGGAAUGUCAACAGCUUCGAAGUAGCUUACAGACACUUCAACGCAAACGUGCAACGCACGAACAGGAGCUGAUGCACCGAGCAAGUCUCCUCUCUACACCCGCGUGUGCAAGCGGCAUGGGUAGCGAUGGCGUCACAGUUGUGCAAAUCGACACUGAAGUGAGCGAGUUCUCGCGACUGCAGUUGGUGAGCCGACGUCUCGAUGAAAUGCUCCUUGGUGGCACUGCUAGUCUCGAAGCCCUCAAGCUUCAAGGAAGUACCCUAAAGGAGUCCCAGAGACGGCUCCUUGACUUAGUAAAUACCUUAGGGUUAUCCAAUGUGGUGAUGCGGCUCAUACAGCGUCGGUGUUAUCGAGACAAAGUGCUUUUUUACGUUCUUGCCGUGGGAACUCUGAUCUCCAUGUUCCUCGUGUGGCGCUUUCUACGUACUUGA